AGCCCGUGUGCAAAGCACCUUCCCUACUCUCCUCCCAAAGCAAGCAGUGAGCCUGGCCCCUCCUUUUACUGAAUGAAAGCAUGAGACAGUUUGCUUUAGUAGUCACAUUGUAUCUCACAUCUACUUAAUAACCAACCAUGCCCAAGUGUCCCAAGUGCCAGAAAGAAGUUUACUUUGGUAAGUAAAUUACAUCUUGUUUAACAUCUAUCUGCAAUAUUAUUAAAACACACUAUCAGAUCAUACGCACUACAGCAGUUUAUCCACUAAAUAGUUGUGAACUGUAAAAUGUAAAUUAAUUUAGCCUAGCUUUGACUAUAGCUGAACUGCAAUCAGGUUUGCAAUUCGCUGCAGGUUGAUAUGUUGUGAUUACAACAUUCACUGUUUAGUUCGCUGUUUACUAAACUGUGAACUGAUGCCCAAAUUACAGACUUCUCAGCCAAUUGGUUUUCAGUUCACAGUGCAUUUUACUUUUUUAUAUUUUAGCUUUAUUUAAAGAAAUACAAUGCAACAAAUACAUUUGUUUUUUUAAAUGUUAUACAGUGGUACAUUUAGCAAAGUUCAAGUUAGAUAUUUAAAUAUCAAUAUUAGAUAUAAAAUGUUUAAUAAUUUAUUUAUUUUUAGAAUGCAAAAGAGGUAAUUGGCUGACACUAAACCUAUUCUGCAGAAACAAACCUACUACAUAAUACUUCUAUUACCCUCCCAAAAACAAACACUGUUUCUUGGAAGGUACAUAUAUAUUUUUUUUUAACAUAUACUUAACUAAUUCAUGACAGAUGAUGUGUCUGAUAAGUUAUAAUAUUGAAUGUCAAUGUUGGUAUCAGAUACAAUUUUAAUUUCUGUUUAGGUUGUCAUUACUAGUUUUGAUACUGCAGGCAGCUUUAUUGUAAUAUUUAGUUUGAAAAGAUGCUAGUUUGACAUUUGUCCAAUCCAGCUAUUCCGUCUACACUUUGCAAUUGUCAGUCCUCUGUUUUUCCACUUAAAAUAUGUAGCUUUAUACACUGGGGGAAAUUAUACAAACCUGCAAUGAAAUAAAUAAAUCUAUACAAGUGUAUAUCUCCAUAUCUAUACUGGCUGUGAGAUCACAAUGAUAAACAAGAUUCUUAGUAACAUAGUUUACAUUUUUUCCACUUUAAUACAACAGAACACUUGACAUUAGAUUAUUUUAAACCCUGGGAUUGUAUAGAUAUGAUCUCCUACAAAGUUAGGCAAACAUUCCACUGAACUGUUAACUCAGGAAGUUGCUACAUACACUUUUACGGCAAUAAAUACAUUGUGGCACAAUAUUAAUCAAACGUAACUUUAUUCUAACAUAUGAUUUACUGGCACUGUCAUCCUGUGAGUGGCUUAAAAAGGUAAUCUAAAGGUAAGAUUACAAAACAAAAUAUAAAUUCUGUAAUUCUAUGAUUGUUGUACAUAGUUACAUAGGCUGAAAAGAGACAUGUGUGCAUCAAGUUCAGUGUCUGACAACAAUCUUUUAACAUGGCUAUUUGCUCCCUUUCAUUAAGAAAGACAUCAAAUAGGCCUCUUGAUUUCAUGUUAUAAAAUAGACAGGGGUGUUUAAAUGCCGAAAAUUAGAUCCCUUUAUUCAGCGGGGCAGCGCUAUUUUUAGCAUACAAUGUUUGUUUAAUGGGUAGGUUUAUAACGACAGCUGUGAACACAUUGCAUUGUUCAGUUGUGUGUAAAUCCUUAUUUAAAUAAAAUUCAUUUGACUAUUGUAUACUUGGAACUUCAGUUUACCCUAAAAAAAAAAAACAUACUGCCAUCUUAUCGAAGAUACUUUCCUUUUAAAAUCCUUAUUAUUUGGCAUUUAUAUAGUGCUACACAAUUUUAAUGUGUGAAGAAAACAACUUGGAAAUAAACUAAUACAAAUAUUAACAAGAAAUAAGAGGCUACUGAGGACACUACUCCAAGCAGUGUAGAAUCUAGAGAACAAACAAUAUGUGGGCUGCUAGAGGAAGGGGGAAUAAUUCCUACAGGGUGACUUUGCGUGCAUAUUUAUAUACUUUCCGUAUCUGUUCUUUAUUACAAGGAUGUCUUGUUGCCCUAUAAUAGUAGUGUAUGUGGUUGUAAAUACAUGGGGAAAGAGUGUCUUACGCAAAUAACUUGGAGUGAAUUAUCAUUGCUGUAUGAUUAUUACAGUACAAGUUCCAAUGAUCUGCAAUUUGUGCAAAGAUGGUUUUGUAUGAUUAAAUUCCAGUAGUAUGCCCACUGUCCUAAAAUUGUUUAUUUCCAACUUUCCUGCAGAAGAGGAAGCAGGGAUUCAACCUGGAAACAAUAAACUGCCUCAAUUGUAUGGGUGACCAAAACCAGAUUCAGUCAUUUAUUUUCUCUUUUCUUUAAUCAAGGAUAUAAAAAAAAUUAAAGGCCGAGGGUCAAUUUGUUUUUUCAAAAGCUCAUGUAGGCAUCAAUCCUAUAUGAAGUCAGAAAGUAAAUGCAAUCUUAGAACACUAAAACCAUGUGAUGACAAAUUUGUUUCUUUUGGUAGCCUUCACUUUGUCCCAGUCAGUACCUUCAAUAUUUCCAUCUAUGUCCUGUGUCAGGUACAAUUAUUUAUAAAGCACCAACAUAUUCCACAAUAUGUUGUAUAUAAAGAUAAACAAGACACAUACUUAAUGCUAACAAAACAUGGUGAAGCGUGGCCUACCCAAACGAGCUUACAAUGUGUGUGAACAUAUUCUUGGAUUAUAACGUAUAGACAAAAAUAAAUUACAAUGAACAGACAUUUUAACAGUUGGAGAGGAGGCAAAUAUUUGUAUUGCUUAAAUUUUAAAAAGUCACGAGUUGUCAUAUGAACUGGUAGACUGGGAAUCAAAAGAAACCAAGAUAGCCCUGUAUGUAACAUUGGACAAUGAAUCAAUAGAAAUAAGACACUACUAUAGCAUUCUAAGGACAAUAGGCGUUUUAUUUCUCUUGUGCCCAUUUGCCAAAUGUGGCGAAAGCAGGAUUUAUUAAGAAAAGAGUUAGAAUUGCAGUUCUCUAAUACUAAUUUGAUUACCCGGUGGGUAUUAAUAUGCCCAAUUUCCCUAUAUGGUUUACAAAAAUACACAAUCUUUAAUAAUUUAAUGAUGCCCUGAAGAAUAUAACCUUAUUUAGCUGUUGGAAUGCAUUUUCCAUAAUACUAUGUCAGUAGCUAAGCUUGUGAAAUGCACUUGGGCAUCCCAGAUCUACACUAUUUAUAGAAUACAAACUAAACUAUGAUAAAUUGCACACAAUCACAGAGUAACGGAUUAAUCAGCUGCGUAAAACACACAUUGGCCCAAGCUUUAUUUAUUUCAGUUUAAUCACUGCUUUAAUUAUUUAUGAAUUACUGACUUUCAAUUUUUUUACCUUUACUGUUUAAGUUUUCUUCUCACCCCACAAAUUUCAUUGCAAAGCUGCAAAUUACUGUAUUUUUCAGUACUAAAGCUGAGUAGGAGAAUAAUUUUUCCAUAUUCACUAUUUUAGCUUCAAAUAUACCAUUUGGAUUUAAUUUGCUUAAAUUUCCAUGUUUAGCAAAAAACCCUGCUAAAAUAUGUCCGAGCAUUCAUAUACUCUGAUACACAUCAGAAAUUCAAAUUCCUGCACAAAAUUACAAGACUAUUUUAGGCUGAAGAAAUUAAAAAUACAGUAUUUUUAUUUCCAGCAGUUAAGCAAACCACACCCAGCCUUUUCAACUGAAUGCUUCUAAACAGAGUAAUUGUACAUUCAAUGAGCAUGAUAUUUCAUUUGCAUCCGAGCUUUGGCAAUACAUUGCUUUACAACAUGCUAGUUAACUUUUAUGCAUAGAAAUUAUCAUCUUCCGUGUCUGUAUCUAACCUUUUACGUAAUGUUUAAACAUUGAUAAAUACAGUUAAUUAUUAAUAGUCUAAAUUGUGAAUGAAUCACCAAAAUUCUUUAGAAAGUCCUUAGAAAGUUUAUUGCACUGGCAAUAGGGUAUCCCAAGCACUUUAAGGAACACUCCACGCACCAAAACAACGUAAUCUAAAUUGCCUCCAACGCUGGUUUCCACUCCUCCCCUGUCGGCUUCUGAAUUUUGAGAUUUUGAAAUGUCCGGGCAGGGGCGCUGCUGAUUGGUUGAGAGUGGUCAGCUGACUCCCUAUUCACAAAACUUGCUUGUAAAGAAAUUUACCUUUUGCAAGCCAGUUUUGGGAAUGGGGAGUCACUGAUUGGCUAAGAAUGUCAGCAGCAGGGCCCCUGCGUGAUGGCACUUCGGACUUCCUGAAUCUCAAAAUUUAGAACCCAGAAGCUGCCAGAGGAAUAGUGGAGACCAGUGUUAGAGGCAAUGUUGGGGGUUAAACUGUUUAAGAAUGGUGUUAAACCACUUGAGGUAAGAAUGCACAUAUGUGAGUCCGCAUAUACUUCCACGUAUAAUGCAAAAGGAAAAUCAAUCUCUCUCUCUCUCUCUCUAUAUAUAUAUAUAUAUAUAUACAUACACACACACACACACACAAGUAUAGUGGCACUCACCCUUUCAAUGAAUCAGUAAAAGACUGCCUUGGUGCAAUCCCACGCUGGAUAUGUAAAGCAAAAAGGAAAGAGAUGCACUCUCAGGUCUUUGUAAAAAAACUCGAUAUUAUUUAAUAACAGGUAACAAGAUCUUGAGGAAGACCUAAAGAGGUCGAAACGUCGAUCAGAUGUAUGUUACCUGUUAUUAAAUAAUAUCAAGUUUUUUUUACAAAGACCUGAGAGUGCAUCUCUUUCCUUUUUGCUUUAUAUAUAUUUUGGGCAUUUGUUUAUGCCAAGAUAAAAAAAUAAUAAUAAUUGACACAUUUCUCUUUUCAAGUGGGAACAUGGCUGGUCUUCAAAUUGCAGUCCAAUUCUGGAAAAUUCAAGUACACACAAGGUUGCCCUAUCAUGAUUUUAAUUAGGGACUCGUAACUCUAGACCGCACCCAACUGCUUCUCAGAUACAGCAUUGUACAAGGCAGCCUUGUAGGAGGGUAUGAUGUCAUGUGCAGGCUUGGGGAGAGACUUUGGAGGAGGAAUUUGUUUCUCUGAUAGGCGAAGACUGUGUGGUGGGGCUGGUAAAUGAGGAUUUAUUUUUAUUUAUUUUUGCAUUAGAAUGCAAAACAAACCAUUUGUAUAAAAGAGAACAAGGCUUAAAAGUACUUCCCAUUUUAAAAAUGUUCUACAAUAGUAAAUUAACCAGAAUAUUUAAUCCUAAAAUUCUUCCUUCAAACAAAAAAAUUGUUCUAUUGACGUAUUGAUGUAGUAAACAUAUGAAAUGGUAUACAUAACUUUGUUACCCAGAUUGCCCUUUAGUAGUGGGGAGCUGGGCCCUACACUUUAGAAGAUACAACUGUAGAAAUAUAUAUUUUUGGGGUUUUCUUAGAUAAAAGUUUUCAUUACCCUGUUCAUAUGUACUCUCUGCUAAUGACAGAGGCCAGUCAUACUAAAUAUUAUAUUUGGGUUAAGGGAGGCCUUGCGGCCUACUACGCUGCACAACUACAGAAUUUCUUAGUUAUUAUUAUUUGUUAUUUUAAGAAUAAUUUGAUGGCUUAUAUGCAUUGUAUGGAUUUAGCUCCCCCUUCGGUUAAAUUAAGGUUGCCUGGCCUUAUCUUCUGUAAUGGUGUUAAAGGUACACUCCAGGCACUAUAACAAUUUCAUCAUUAGAAGGUCUGGCUUACUAUAACAACUUCAUCAUCAAGCUGUCCCAGUCAUCCUGCGGUUUAACCUUUAAGAAAUUUUUCAAACCCAAAUUCGUCAAUCUGGCUCUGCUCCAGAAAGGUUUUAGUCUGAGGCUUCAAUUAGCCUAACCCUAGCUCUCUAUUCACAAAACCGAAUCAAAAAGGUAUGUAAUCUUUUUUCACACCGGUUUGAGAAUGGGGAGCUAAUGAUAGGCUCAGAGCUCUGAGCCUAUUAGGAGCUCCCUUUACGAGGAUUUCUGAUUAGUCUCAGCAUGAAAUGAAAGUUUAGGGGCAGAGCUGACAAGCCCUGGAUUGAAGACUUUAGGUUUAAACCAUUUAUUAACAAUGCUUGAAGAUUAGCCAGUGCAUGGGAUAUCCUUGCACCAUAAUAACUUUAUUUCAAUAAAGUUAUGGUGCCUAGAGAAUCUUUUUAAAUGUUGAUUGAGACUAAAGGAUGAUGUGAGACUCCAAACCAAACACACACUCUCCUGAUCUUGUUCUGCUCAGUAAACUUGACAAGCUUUUUGAGGUUUGCAGUUUCCACUCGGAGUAGACCACAGUACAGGAGUCCCAGGAGGGAGUGCAGGAGCCCUAGGGUUUGUGAUACUGUGUUACAUGUUAAAGUUCACUUAUUGUUUGGAGGAGGAAUUUGAGCUUCAUAGGGUUUCAAGAUUAAAAAACAUUCUCAUUAAGUCCUACUAACCAAGACCUGCUAUUUAAACAAGUAAACAAGUGAUGUUUAUCUUUGUGAUUAAAUCACAUUAAUCAGUGCAAUAAUGUUUAUGGGCUGAUGGUGCAAUAACUGGACACUAUACAAUGCUCAAUUAUUUACAACUGAUAUAACUAUCUCACAACUAGUUUUGAUGUAUUAUUACUACCAUUUACCUAUUAUAUCUAUUACCAUUUACACAUAUUGUGACCUCUCUAAUCUCCAAAAAUUUAAAAAAAUAAGCUUGCCGCCCUCAUGAGAUUCUCAGUUGUACCCCAUAGUAUGCAAUGCUAUCCUGCUUGAGCAGUUAAGCUGUAGCUGGCCUUUCAGAUGUGUAAUAUUAUUCCUAGAUUGUACAAGCAGUCAACCUUUUCUCACAGCAGCUGCUUUUCUUAUUAUUACCAAAAAUGGGGUGAUGGCACUUUAUAUACUGUAUCUUCCAAUAGUCACGGAAGCAUUGAGUCAUGCAUUGUUUGUUUCAUAGCUGAAGUGUUUUCAUAACAUAACAUAAGAUUAUUACCAAAAUAUGCAGAGAUAUCUCUGGUUGGUGGUGUAUGUAUUCUACUUAAAAUGCAAUCUAAUGCACAGUUAAAUCAUAUUGAAUGGCAUGCAAGUCAUAUAGUAUGUGAUAGUGUGCAAUAAUAAUAUCAUGAAAAGGAGUUUACUGCUUACUGAAUAGGAAGUGGAUGGUUAAUGGUGUACAUUGAGGCUGGCAUGACUUUUCUAGUUCCAGAAUGUUUUUUUUUUUUUUUUCAAGCUGUGAAAGAAAAAUGAAAUUUUCUGAAGGAACAGGGGCAUCUCUGGCAGUUGUCAUCACUGAUCAAGCAGAGAUAUAGGACAAUAUCAUUGGAUCCAGGUGGUACAGUGCUUAUCUGGAAUAUCUCAACCCUGAUCCCAAAGGACACACAUAUAGGGUUCACUUGAAUGUUUCCUUCUGUCUCUUGUAAGUCUCAAUGACCCCACAUGACCACCAUAUUGACUUUGUGUCAUAAUUCACAAUGCAACUCUCAGUUGUGCAUCAUGGUGUUGAGAUAACAAACACACUUAUACAUGAACACUAAAACUUCACACAAAUAGCACACACUGGCACUUUAUAAAAAGUAAAUACACACUAUAGGUAACACACCCGUCAUUUACAUGCACUCACUAACAUUCCACACAAAUAUGCUCUUACAUGCACAUUGCCAUUCAGACACCCAAAUAUAUACUCUGAACUGAUCCCUAUCCACUCAAUCAUACCUAUUCACCCUGUCAAUUAAUACACAGCCACAUAACAUCUCACCUACCCCCACCCACCAUGCACUUAUUGCUAUCCAAUCAUUAACCACCUAGUCAUAUUCACAAUACAGUCAUACCCCUAACUACUACAUUCAUCCAUCCAAUCACACACACCAGGCCUUAUAUGUAUGACUGUCAUUGGCGCACUGAGGGAAUGGCCUUGUGGCAGCAAAGAGGGCAUUGCUUCUGGAACUUGAGAGACCUGUCUGAAUGCCUGAAUGGAAUGUAUUUGACGACUUGAAAAUAAAUUUUUGCUACUUAGGAACCUUCUGCAACGAUGCCAUAAAUAGCAGGAUAAACUCCCCCUCUCUAUGUCUGUCUGUCUCUCAUGUAUAAACAUGUAUAUAGAUAAAGUAGACUACAAUGUAUGUGCGUAUUUCCAGUGAAGGGUAGAAUUUAUAAAUAAACAAUACAAAGUAAAAAGGCAUGAACAUGUAUGCUAUGUCGAAGGUGUGAAUGCUUUUAAAUCUGGCAUGGCCAUUCAUUUUAGAGUGUACUUUAACACAUAGCAAUACAAUUAUGGAAUCAGUGUUUUACAUUAUAUGGUGACAUGAUAGACAAAGUCUAGCAGUUAAAGUCUCUCUUAUUGCUUUGUUUGUUUUGAAAGUCAAAUAAAAGUACUUAGUAACUAGAUAUGCAAUUAAGGAAGGGUGUAGCCCAGUAUCUAUCGUGGUCUGCUAAGGAAAGUUUUGCUGAUCCUGAACACUGGGAGUGUUGCAAUAAGUAAAGUUAAAGUUUAAACACUAAGUUCAUAUAUUACUCAAAGCUAAGUAAAGUCUACCCAUAUUUAAGUUGUCAGUUUAGUAGACAUCCCUUAAGGAACAAACCUAUUGCUAUGUUGUGUUUCUGUAUUGUUUUUGUUUUAUCAGUAGCAAAUUAUGAUUUGGUAAGCAAAAAAGAAAAAUCAAAUUUUCUCAGUUUUUUCCUUGAAUGUGACUAAAACUAAUAAAGUAAUAAAUGUGGCUAAAACUAAAACUUCAAGCUUCAAAAGAAUUUAAAACUUUCAUAAUGCUUGCCACUCAUGGGAGCUGUAGUUGUUCUGGGAAUAUGCAUUUUGUGCACUCCUGUGUACAAGAAGGGGGGGGGGAGGGAUACAGUAUUUCUCUACAUGUAACAGCUCAAAAAAUGAGAAAUAUAAAAUGUAGUAUUCCUAGUAAAAUGAAAGUAUAAGUAAGGAAUACACUUACAAAUUGUGGGAGAUCUUUAAAGCACCACUUAUGAGUGUGAGCGGUACAACACCCGCUUCUGGAUUCUUUUGGUUCCUUUGGUCUCAGUUACCAGUCCAUGAAUUUGUAUAGAAAUAUAAAACCUACAGACAAACUAAUCUAGUGUAGUAUGUCUGGAUAAAAAAAAUAAUAAAAUACAAAAUGAAAAUGCACUCACGUGGUAUGGAGCCUGUGCGUUGGCUCCUAAAAUAUAGUGUGGAGCGGUGUAAUUCCUACUCCAUUGGGCUGGUGCAUGUCAGUCCUCUUCAUAUAUAGGAUAUGAAAUAAAACAGAAAUAAGAAAUAAAGUGCACAUAGUGCAGAAAGAAGGAAAAUCACUUACAAAUGUGGAGCAAAAUUUGGGUUUUGCUCAAUCCAAACAGUUUAGGUCAAUGAUGGCUAGCCCUGACACCAUAAAUAGUUUAUGGACUACAUUUUCCAUGAUGUUCAGCUGAGUAUCAUGGGAAAUGUUGUCCAGAAACAAUUUAUGGUGUCAAGGUUAGCCAUCACUGGCUUAGGUGGUAUGUUCCCCACCAAGGAAAGUGAUGUCCAUAUACGAUGCAUUAAAAGCAAGAGGAUCAAGGGUGUCUUAAAUAAGUAAAUCUUUUUACACCUAAAGCUAAAAUAAACCAUAAAAAUAUAGACUAAAAAGUAACAAUGACAUGUUUCACCAAUGUGACUUUUUCAAAAUGGGAUAUUUUUAUAAUGUCUUACCGUUUCUAUACUCCCAAGUCAGCGCUAGCAGCAUAGGUUAGUCAUCAAAGCAACCACAGAACAAGCGGUGGGUGGAGAGCAGAGGGACCUAUCUUUUGCUCUCCUUGUGUGGGUGUCUGCCAAACAAUUGAAAGACAGAUAAGAGAGAAACAAUAUCUUUGGGAGAAAAACCUAUUUAAUCUAUACAUUUGGCAGCAAAUGAGCAUAAGUUAUGUGGGACUACCCAACUCAGAAGCUAAAGCACAUGGUCUAAAUUUGCCUGUAAUAGUAAAUUCAAAACUAUAAUAAGUUAAGCUGCUCAUAACACACAGUUUUAUCAAGAUUUAACUUAGUAGUUCAACUCCAAAUUCAGGUCCAUGAUGAAGUCAAAGGGACAUCCAAAGUACAUCCAGAGUUACCACAUAAUGUGGACUAUCGAUUACUUAAAGGACCACUAUAGUGCCAGGAAAACAAACUCGUUUUCCUGGCACUAUAAGGUCUUUAGGGUCCCACUCCCCCCGGGCUGAAGGGGGAGGAAGCGGUUAAUCACUUACCUUUCUCCAGCGCCAGGCUCCCUCGGCGCUGGGGAAAUCAGUUCAUAGGAAAGCAUUUCUCAAUGCUUUCCUAUGGACGUCCGCUUCACAGUGAGAAUCGUGGAAGCGCCUCUAGCGGCUGUCAAUGAGACAGGCACUAGAGGCUGGAUUAAUGUAAACAUAGCAGUUUCUCUGAAACUGCUAUGUUUACAACUGCAGGGUUAACCCUAGAUGGACAUGGCACCCAGACCACUUCAUUGAGCUGAAGUGGUUUGGGUGACUAUAGUGGUCCUUUAAUUAUUUUUUUUAAUGGAAAAUGUUUUCUUAUUUGCAACUUCUUAGCAAUCAAACAGUUUUAUACCAGCAAAAAGCUGGCCUUUUAUUGAUCCCAAGGAAACUUAAUUAAGGCAUUUUUAAGAUUAAAAAACAAAGCUCUAAAAAAAAUGCAGAUUGUCUUCUGUCAGUCAUGCUGAGUGCUUACUAAACUUAAAACUUAGAAAAGUUGGCUAGUUUCACAUUUUUGGAAAUUCGGCCUUUAGUUCAUAACAAUUCACAGUUUAAAACUAUAUAAUAUGCGUGCUUUAACAGCACAUGGCAACAAAAAUAUUGGUUAUCCACUAAAACGGGCAUUGCAUAAAAUUGGCAACAGAAUAACAUUUCAAGACAGAUAUAUCUGGGUUGUAAUACUUAAAAAAAUUAAAAAAAAAAUCUGCUGUUUUGGCUUAAAAUGUAUUAUUCAUUUUCCAACAAUUCUUGGUUUAGUGAGCAACUCUGAUUGUUAAUUUGGGAUGUUUAUGUAAAACAUUUGCAGCAUAGGCUUGAGGCAGUAACUGUGCCUUUCUUCAAAUGAUUCCAAGAAAUCUCUGUUACACAGUCGUGUGUCUAAUCAUCAUAAUAUACUGGCAUGUGUAUAGAGUGUGUUAAAUGAAGCCCAGGAGUACAGGAUUGCUUUUAACAUCUAGUAUAAGCUCCUGGAAUUCAAAGAGUUAAAAGCAGUGGUGAAACUAAUGUAGAGAGGGGCCUGGUGCGUGGCAAAAAGGUAGAUUCCCAUGUGUCAUCCCACAAUUGUCAAUCUACAAUUUGACUAUCCUUGCAGAGUUUUAUUUGUGGGUAGUAUUUGUGUGAUUAAAUUUAAGCAUGUAUGGUUGCCACUUGAAAGCACUGGCAAACAUAUGUAUAGUUUGUUUGUAUGAAGGGGUGUAUUUGUGAUUGUUAACAAUUCCAAGUUUAAUGUUUAUCUGUUUAAUAUCUCCACCCUCUUUAUUACGUGUAUAAAGAUAAAAGACUUUUCUUAUUUUUCCCAGGACACAUCAUACUGUGUGUUUGAUGAAAUACUAUUGGUAUUUACUAGCAAUAUCUAAGUGUCUGAUGUUGAAUCUAUACUCACUGCAGCUAGUUUGAAAAACUGAGCUGACAUUAAUCAGAGCUCCCGUUUGGCAUAGAGGAUGGAAGAGUAAGUAUCUACCCAACUCUGCGUUCAGGUGGAUCUACAUACCUUCCCACACUCAUGUUGAUGAUAUAGGUGUAGACUAGUGGUUGAUCACUUGCCAUUAGUACUUUGGUAGGUCUCAAAAGAAAACUUUGAAAGAAAAAACAAACAAAUCAAAUGUAAGAUGAUUAGCUACAGUCAUAUGCACUAUAACUGGUUCAAACUUGGACUAAAAACUGAAUUCACACUAAUAUCCCAUUGGAAAAUUUGUUAAGAAGACCAAAGAACAAUGAAACCACCAUUGGCAAGGGAGUACUAGUACCUACUACUACUAACAUGUCCCUCUUUAAACAGCACAAUAUUUUCAUUACAUUACUAUUAUUAUUAUUAUUGCCAUUUAUAUAGUGCCAACAGAUUCCGUAGCACUUUACAAUAUUAUGAGAGGGGAGAUGUAAUUAUAAAUAGGACAAUUACAAGAAAAAUUACAGGAACAAUAGGUUGAAGAGGACCCUGCUCAAACAAGUUUACAGUCUAUAGGAGGUGGGGUAUAAGACACGUUAGGACCGGAAAUAUCAAUUAAAUAGGGUGGGAGCGAAGCAGAGCUGGAGGAGAGAGUAAAGCACUGCCCUAUAGAAGAGAGCAAGAGACAGGUAUGUAAGGUAGAGGUUACUCUGGGAGGCCAUAAGCUUUCCUAAAGAGAUGGGUUUUAAGGCACUUCUUAAAGGAUUGAAGACUAAGGGAGAGUCUUUGAACCAUUCCUUAUAUGUGUACCCUGAUGAGGGUACACAUAUAAGGAAUGUUUCAAGAAACAUAGCUGCUAUUAAGCAGUUCAGGGUUCCAGUCUCUGCUCAUUCUGGAUUACCAUGAUUUUCUCAAAAAAUAUCUGAAGCAAUAAGCCCAUCUUUAUCUGAUCUUGCAAAAGAAGCUGUGCUUCUUUGUGCCUGCUCAAAUCCUGAUGUUCUAGUGCAAACUCUCAAAACUUGGGAAACGAGCACCUGUUCGGCAGCAGUUCAUAUGUUUAUGUUUAUAAAAACAAAACAAAAAAAAGUAUGAUGCCAUUCAGUAACUUAAUAGUUUAUAUAGAUCAUUCACUAAUUCAUAUUUACAGCAAAAUUGUAGAUUUAAUUUAAUAUAAUGGAAUUGGAAAAAUUCUCCACUUAGGCCUCAUAUAAACAACCACGAGAAAAGCAGGACUGGUUGGAAAGCUCCAGAUGUGAAGCAAAAAGGGAAAUUCAGGUGUAUCUAUUUUGUAUGUAUAUUUUUUGGCCUGCAUAAAUUGUAGAACUUAAUAUCACUGACUGGUUAAAAUUUCUACCAUCUGUUCAAAGGACAGAAACAGUGCCAGUGUUCUAUAUAGAGCAGUGUGCGCAAUAGGUGGAUCAGAUCCCCAGCUGUUACAGAACCACAAAUCCUUUGAUGCUGUCUAGCCUUAGGUAUCAUGGGAGUUGUACAUCCUCGGAUUUUGUAGAGCUACAUUUUAGCCACUCCUAAUAUAGACAACAUGAAGCUAAGGAUUUAGUCUCCUUUAUUACUUAUUACUUCAGGUUGAUUCACAAUGUUUUUCCUCUCAAAGUGCCAAAAGUAUGGGAUGUUGUUAUUCUAUUGACUUAUUGUUGUGAGCUUUAAAAAUGUUGUAGCGGUACCUAUCUAUCAAUUGUAUCCCUCAUUCUAUCUGUUAGCAUAUAUGGUAAUCAGUGAGUCAUUAUAUAACUGCUGCAUAGCUUCUGUUAUCUGUGGCAACACUUCUUUAAUAUGUGGUUAAUAACUGCAAUGCUAUAUAAAAGUUAUAUUUUACUGCUUUAUGGAAGACCCUAAAGUGAGUUCCAAUAUAUCUAUGCAUUUCAGGUGAUAUUUAUGUAUCUUGGGAAUGCAUUAACUAAACAGUAACAAACAUUUGUAUGUAUUAACAAUGACUACUAAUGGUUAAAAAAAAAUGCAAGCACAACCAAUAAUGGAACAGUAGUUGAUUUAAACUUCAGAUUAACUUUUAAAUAAAGAAAAAUAUCUGAGUCAAGCAUGUGUGUGAUGCCUUUCAGGCUAGCUAAGGAAGUGAAACAUUCCAAGAAUUUAAGAGGCACUAUCACAAAAAAAUGUGUAGACUACGUGAAAUAUGCUACUUUGUAAGAUACAAUUUUCUUCAGCAUUUGUUUACCUUUGUCCACGCUGAGCUGUCUUUUGCUUGAUCUUUGGUCAAAAGUAGUGAGUACUUGGCCUAAGAUGACUCUCAUUUAACAGAUUCAUAUGGUGAUGAUGUUAGCACAGUUAGAAUCUAGGCUAGACUAGGCUAAUCUACGCUAUGACACCCUGAGACAGUGCAUAUUUUCUCACAGCAUAUACUCCCUUAAAUCAGGCAAAGAAGACUGGUCUUAGGUCACAACAACUGAUUUCAAACACAGAUCAAGAACAGCUGUAUGGGAAAAAUGUAUAGUCACUGUGAAAAUUAUAAGGAAAUCCUGUAUAUAUAGGAUAAAAAAAAGACCUCACUGGAUUUACAUUUUAAAAAAAAAACAAACAAAAAAACUCUUAUUAGAAAAUAUGUCAUCUAUAAUGACAAUAAAAAAUUUGCUUAAAGCAUGCAAGUUAAAAAAAAAUAAUUUAGCUUACCUUCCAGUUUUUUGCAAUUUUUUUGUUUUUUUGUUACAUACAUUUUCUAUUGAGGCAUAGAGUAACUUCACAUAGUCAAACAAGUGUGACAAGUUAGCUAAUACAUAUAGUAGUUAUGUAAUAAACAUGCAGCAUUUGCAAUCAGGCUAUGGUCACAUGAAGAGCAGAACAGCAUGUCACAUAGGUAGGGGAUUAGGAAGCCCCAUCUUUUUUUAUGAAAAACAAAACAAAAAAACUAAGAACUCAAGAAUGUACCAGAGUGGCCCCUGAUUUAAUAGGAAGACAAUUGGUAAACUGCUAAGGCAUAUGUUACCACAAUAACUAUAAUAGUUGCAAAUAGUUGUUACUUAAAGUGAUUGCUUUAAAUUACAACUAUUUGCAACUAUUUUUGUAACAGAGUAUGUCACAAGAAAUUGAAAGCAAUGAGUAUUAAAACUUAUUUAUGAACACAUUUAUUACAUUAUAAUUAUUAUUGGGCAAAUUACUUAUUGCUUUAUUUCUAGUGGAGUUUUACAGUACAUUCAUGCAUUUCAUGCAUUCUUAGCUCCUAAGUAACAGUAUUAAAAUAUAAUGAGACAGUGGGAUACUAAACGGUCAAUUAAUGUAGUUCAAGGACUCUCAAUCAGUUGAGAAAUUAAACAAAAUCAUCCUGAAAAAGUAACAAUGUAACACAUAGGCGAAUAGAGCUAUAGAUUGCAAAUACUGUUGCAUUCAUCCAUUGUUAUGUGAACUGCAAAGUUGUGACAAGGGAAUUACAAACUUUGGGUAGCAAAAGCUGAGCUGGAGAAAUAGGUGAAUUGGAGAGUGUUUCCGAUACAGCUAUUUUGGUCGAAAAUGGUCAAUUUCUGUCAUUUCUUAUUUUAGCGAAUAAGCACAAGCAUGUUGAUUUUCCUUAUGUUAUACUGUAGAAAUUCGUAAAGCUAUUUUUGUUUAUAUGAAGUCCAAUGUUAAUGCAAGGCACUGUGGCAUUCCGGGCAUGCAGCAUAAAUUAACAUAAUUUACCUUGUUAAACACACACCUCCCUCCAUCGGUGUUGGAAGCAGCAUGUGGAGGACGGUAGAGAAUCCUAAGCAAUGCUUGACUACAAAUGUUCCUCGGUUUUACUUUUUUUAUUGUGCAUAAAAGUUGCACAAAUGUCAUACAGCAUAACAGAGCAUGUGUGAUUUGUUGUUGGUUAGCCUGCAUCACAAUUAUCUCUUUAAUCCUUUAUGAGUAAUUACAGUAAGUAAGCGUUAAUUGAUUCUCUCCCGGUAUGUUUUGCUUGCCAAAACAUUUUUCUAAAUGAAAAAUCCUACUUUUUAAUUUUCAAUGCACACACACAUUGAUACUAAGGAAGACAGACAUAUAGAUUUUCUCACAUAUGAUCUAUAAAAAUAAUUUUAAAUUACUUUUUUUUUUAACUGAAACAAUAGCUGAAAUAGUUUGCCAUUCAGUAGGUUUGUGUCGUAAUUUUGUUUAAAGCUGGUUUGAGCUCAUCUUGUGCCAUUGCAGAGAGAACCUAAAGCAUUUGCAUGUCAGACUGAUCUCACCGAUAUUGGCAUAACAAAUCCAAAAGGCAGUCUGGCUUCCUCUGAGAUUAAACAUCAGAUGAUCAUUUAGGCCUUGUUAAGCCUCUCAGUGAGGUAUAGCUGAUACCUCUAAGCUCUGUGGGCCAUACCAUUUACUACUCGUCCUCUUUUUCCUCUAUUGGUUACUUUUUCUCACUUGAUCUAUGAAUCAAAUGGUGGGAAAAAGUCCUUAUCUGAGUACUGAUAUUUGUAUAUUUGUAUAUCAAUACUCAAACAGUAUUUCCCAUAAUUUAUACUAUGAAUAUAGUUUGCAGUACAUUGGUCUAUUUUGCACCCUUCAUUAGUCUGAUUUGUUUAGCAAAGUGCAGUGACCCUGGUAAAAAAACAUUGUUUUAUUAAAUUGCAUAACUAGUGACAGGGUACUAUAGAAUUAAGAAUACAAAAAGUUUUUGUUCAUCAGAAGUGAUUUGUUAAAAAAAAAUUUCCACUGUGCGUUAUUUCAUCAUUAUAAUCACACUUUUUCAACAACUAGACAUUGCUACAAAAAAAAAAGGCUGCUCUUUUUCCAUCUUCUUUUAUUUGCUGGGGAAGAUUUAAGAUGCUGAGAAGCCAGCAAGGGCCUAGGCAGGAACAGGGUUAUGUAAGUGUGAGGGGAGUGUAGACAAAGGAAUGUGGUAAAGUGAAUUUGGGAUGGGGGUGCAAUAGUUUGGGUUAGAUGGGUGAGCUAGUAUAAAUAGGUUGCCAUCUUUGUUGAACAUCUACAAUCACAUGGAUUUCAAUAUCAGAGACAUGGGUUUACUUCAGGGAGAUCAUGCCAAACUAAUCUUAUUGAUUUUUUUUAUUGGGUAACUAAAAUAAUAGAUCAGGGUGGUGCAGUAGACAUUGCUUACCUAGAUUUCAGUAAGGCUUUUGACGCUGUUGCACAUAGAAGACUUAUCAAUAAACUGCAAUCUUUAAGUUUGGAUUCCAAUAUUGUUGAAUGGGUAAAGCAGUGUGAGUGACAGGCAACAGAGGGUUGUAGUCAAAGCAUGGGCUUGUCACCAGUGGAAUACCUCAGGGAUCUGUACUUGGACCCAUUCUCUUUAAUAUUUUUAUUAGUGAUAUUGCAGAAGGUCUUGAUGGUAAGGUGUGUCUUUUUGCUGAUGAUACUAAGAUAUGUAACAGGGUUGAUGUUCCAGGAGGGAUAAGCCAAAUGGCAAAUGAUUUAGGUAAACUAGAAAAAAAUGGUCAGAGUUUUGGCAACUGACAUUUAAUGUGGAUAAGUGCAAGAUAAUGCAUCUUGGAUGUAAAAACCCAAGGGCAGAGUACAGAAUAUUUGAUGGAGUCCUAACCUCAACAUCUCAGGAAAGGGAUUUAGGGGUGAUUAUUUCUGAUGACUUAAAGGUAGGCAGAUAAUGUAAUAGAGCAGCAGGAAAUACUAGAAGAAUGCUUGGUUGUAUAGGGAGAGGUAUUGGCAGUAGAAAGAUGGAAGUGCCCAUGCCAUUGUACAGAACACUGGUGAGACCUUACUUGGGGUAUUGUACGCAGUACUGGAGACCGUAUCUCCAGAAGGACAUUGAUACUUCAGAGAGAGUCCAGAGAAGAGCUACUAAACUGGUUCAUGGAUUGCAGGAUAAAACUUACAAGGAAAGGUUAAAAGCCAAUGGCUAACAAUGGUGUUUGGGGAUCGCCUCAGUACGGAACACAAUCUAGGAAAACACAAACAAAACGACCACAACACACCGCUAACAAUUAAUAGGUAGCCUAAAAUAAUUAGACGCAUAUUAAACAGCAUUCGAAAAAGCCCAAUAAGGACAAAUAGAUGAGUUGGAAGUAGAAAAACACAGACGCUGACAACAGCUACUCACAUGCCCACACACAACCAGAUAUCUAACCGAGAGUCACCGACCACACCUAACCCGAACUGGACUGAUAAUAAACAUCCAGGUGACACACUGAUACAGACCACAUAACUGAGUAACUGAACACUGAUAACUGAAGGAAUGCAGAAUACAUAUUGAUUAUACAGAGCCUAGUUAGAGCCAUUUAACAUGCAUGCAUACAAAAAAGACUGACUCGGCAAAAAGGCAAGAAUCUGAAACCAUUACAAGCGAAAAUGCAUAGCGCAAACUAACCAGGUUGGACACCACAGUUAUCCCCACUACCUCCCUUUCUGUCUACCAAGUUUAUUACAAAUACAUGAGCAAAAUCAACUGCGAUUCCACAUGUAUGUUUAUUGCAAAAACACUCAUAUAAUCAAAUGCGAUUCCACAUGUAUGUUCAAAAUUGUAAACCAAGCUACUGUAUAUGCAACUUUCACCCAACCCUCACCAUCUUUUUUCUUUUGUACCCUAAACGCAAUAAAAAUUGUCAAAUUAAAAAAAAAAAAAAAAAAGAGCUAGUGGCUAGCAUUACACAAUGGUAGGCCCAAGAAAAGGCCUUGUGCUGGUUGGAACGAGGGGGGAGAGGACAACUACCCUUAAGUUAUGGUUGGUUGGCAAGGUGGUAUUCAGUGAUGUAACUAUUUACGGAGUAUAUUUACGCUAUAUAGUGUUUUGUGUUAUAAAGUUGAAGUUUAAAGAUUUAUAUAUAUUUAUAUUUUAAUAAAGCUGUGGCCUAUUUUAAUCCAAAGCAAGUCUGAUGUGUUUUCAUUGGAAGCAAAGGAUGGGGUUUUUCAAGGGUCAGGUUUAUGCACAUACACAGUUACCCUCUACCUACACACAUGUGAUAUGAUCAGCUCACUCCGAAUAUAAUGAGAUUGGCUGAGCUACUUUCUAGUCUGAAUAGAGACCUCAGGCGAAUCAUGAAAAUCCAGCAAAGUGUUUGUUAAGCAUGCAUGAGCAGAAAAUGUAGGAACUCUAGAGGAGUUUUUUUUUUUCUCUUAUUUUAUUAGUUUAAUUAAUUUGCAUAUUUUUGAAUAAAUUAUCUGUACAAUGCAAUGCAAAACUAGGGGUCACCUUGAACCUGAAGAAUCUUUUUAAACAAUGUUGUCUGUAAAAACCAGGAGCUGCUAGUAACGGAUCUUGUUUCUUUGCUUUCUGUUGCUAUAAUUUUGUCAUGUAUAAAUUAUCCAUCCAUUCCCUCAGGUUCUCUUAAUUAUUAAUGUAUGGCAUCUAAACAUUAUCCAGUGUAUCUAAAUCGUGAUGUAUAAUAAUAUUUGUUCCAUGCAGAGACAGAAUCCAUUUUAUAAGUAAUAUUUAAAAAAUGAAAAGCUGACCCAACGAGGUGAUAACACAAACAGUGCAUUGAAAAAUAACCACGCCUAAUAAACAAUAACAGAAUGCAAUCUUCCUGUUUGCGGAUUUUCAUUCCUACAACAUUAUAUAACUUGCAAAAACAAGUAUUAGAUUCAAGUGUAUAACCUGCAUCACCAAUUAUACUUAAAAUAUAUUGUUCACAGUUUACAAUCCAUCCUGAUUAGUCAUAAUACUUAUAGCUAGGCUAAAAAAGAAUCUGCAAUACGUUAAAAAAAAAUAUCUAGCAGAAAUGGGCCUAGACAAAAUACAGCAAACUAGAUUUUAUUUUGUUACAAUUACAAUAACCCUGUGUUUGCCGUGUUCCAGGAUAAUAUGACAAUUCUUUUUCAGCGAGAAAUCUUUCAGAUGCUCAAAGAAAUCCAAAACCGAUCAAUAAUUUCUGUAGUAUAUAUAUACAUUUUUAAACCUGCCCUUUUUGUUUAUCAGGCCUACUAUAAUGUUGGCAUCAGUUAAAUUGUGAAAUAAAUAUUAAUCAUUUCAUCAAUGUCAAAGUAAACCAAGUAUAAUAAUUUCUAAGCUCCCUAGGCAGUAUUUUUGUGAUAAUGUUUUAUGCAACAAUAGUUUGGUAGAAUAUUUAAUUUUCUAAUUAAAAGUACAUUUAACAAGGUAAUGGAUUUUUGUAGUGAUUCUGUUAGACCUAAUUAAUUUAAUCAAAGGUCAGUUUAUGGUACUGUUUGAAAAGAAAUAAUAUUGUUAAAGUGUCUUUGUUUUCCUUUUCUUUAAUCAUAGCUGAGAAAGUGUCCUCCCUUGGUAAAGAUUGGCACAGACCAUGUCUAAAAUGUGAGAAAUGCAGCAAGACUUUGACUCCUGGAGGCCAUGCUGAGGUACAGUGAAACAUAUUUAAAUGGCAUUCUGUAAUUUUGACUCUAAAAUUAUUUCUAAUUGUGCAUGUUAAAUAAUGCCACAUGUAAUACCUGUAUGCAUAUAUAUAUAUAUAUAUAUAUAUUUUUUUUUUUUUUUAAAUUAUUAUCCCUUCACUAUGCUAGUAAGAUUUCUGUCACAGAAAGCAAAGUGUAACUUGAAAUGCAGGCUGUCAUUUUUAGAUUCUUUGUCAAAUACUAUAUCUGGAAAAUUUUAAAAAUCUAACUUUGAAAAAUUGACAUGUAUUUCACAGGUGACAAAAAAAAAAAACACAUUUAUAAUAUCCAUUACAAUUAUUUCUUCCAUUUUAACUACUGAUCCAUUGUAGAAUUCUUUUAUAUGAAGUUUUAAAGAUGAUAUGGUAUCCCUUAUCUCAUUUGUAAAUAGUUCUGACAGCUUCAGAAUAAUUUACAUAGAUGCCAAUAUCACAUUUUAAAUGCAUGGGUGAAAAAAAAAAGAUUUUUGUGUAGCUAUAAUGUUGCAUUGUUUCCCAACUGUUUCGGACCAAGGCACACAUGAAUGAGAGGAAGAUUUCCAACGCAUGCCUUUCUUUUGAUUUUUAUCUCCAUUAGCAAUUUGUCACAUGCACUUAAUAAAUAUGCAUAACUCUAGCCAAAUUAACAUAUUAAUUUUAAUUACUUGCUAGAAGGAGAUCCCAUUUUUAAUGCUGACUCGUAUUAAAAUAUACAUUUAAAGCAGCUCUGUCACUCCCAUUUAAAAAAAAGAGUAUUUCAUCACAAGCAAAUCUUUAUGAAAAGCUAAAAUUUACUGUAUUGGUAUUUCACUCAAUUUAAAAGAUAUAGGGAGACAAGGUAGGAACAAAAAGGUGGGGCUUCCGCUGUCAAGCUUGUCAUUUCCCCCAGCCGACACCAGUGACCGCUAUAAGGGAAAAAAAACAUUUUCCUCUAUAGAACUCAAUGCCAUACUCACUUUUCCCUGUGACACAUUAUGCAAAGAUCACAGACGGUGACAGUAAUAGUUGGACUGCAUUCCAACUAUUACAGCCCUGAUGUCAAUAUGUUUUAGCACACUUUGAGAUGACCUGAGGCAGACCAUUUGAAAGCCAUUACUGGUGUCAGCUGAAUACUCAAAUACUAACAAUGUGUUGAACCAACUUUGCAUCAGCUGACCCAGAUUUCCAAUACAGAGCAAGAUGCAUUUCCACUAUAGAGCAAGCAGCUGGCUCACAGCAAGAAAAGCUUAACUAUAAUAUACACAUUGACUGACCUGAAUGUGUCUUCAAAUGACAAAGUUGCCAGCACACAGCUAGAUAAUAGCACAUUUAGACCUCAAUUUAAUGUUGGCGGGUAAGCUUUUAAAAUGAUUGUUAAUGAAAAAUAUUUUUAUACAUAAUUUAUUGAUUUUUUUUUAUGAUGUUUUUAUUUUAAUAUUUUGAAAACCUUUUUUUUUUUAGACGUUUAUCUAAAAAUAUUAAAUCACUUAACAAGUUUAUCCAGCAAUAUUAAAGUAUUGUAUAGUAGCAAGCAAUGGUACAGCACACUACUUUGAGUGAAAAGCAGUCCAAUUUUAUUGAGGUUCCCCAGCAUGUGUUACAUAGUUACAAUGCUGAAAAGAGACUUGCGUCCAUCAAGUUCAGCCUUCCUCACAUUUGUUUUUUGCUGUUGAUGCAAAAGAAGGCAAAAACCCCCAGUUUGAAGCACUUCCAAUUUUGCAACAAGCUAGGAAAAAGAUUCCCCAGAAUGGCAGUGUUAGUGUAGGACUUUAUCAAACAGACACUUAAAUUCACCAAACAAGUAGGUUAGUCCAGCAUUUAAGAACAUCAAAUCCAUGGGCCACCAGCUCUAGUGCAAAAGGGUUAGACAUUAGCCCUGUCUGUGCUGACAAGGGUUCUGCGCAAUACCAUCCAGCAACUCUCUCUUCCAGUAAUGUGCUUUUAGCCAGUCCAGCAACCUCCCAUUUGAUUUCAUCAAUAGAAGCAUAGCUUUAUUAGGCUGUGACCCACAAUCCUCUAGUGAAUCUAGAGACAAUUCCAUUCAUGCCACUUACUAUAAUGAUAUCACCUUUAAUCUCCUAGAGAGGGAACCAAGGCUUUAUCGCAGUGUUCACUGACAAAGCCCCAAGUGCACAGAAUAGUCUCUUAGGCUCUUUUCUGCAUCGCCUCCCCUGUUGCCCACAGCAUAUUUUAAGAAAGGCUGAAAAAAGAGACACUUGUGACAAUUAUGUGACUUUCCAGUGGAGGAUGGUUUUUAGUGUCUCAUUCAGGAGCCAAAUAUCUAGUUGAUGAAUGGUAAAAGUGCUCCCCGUGUCUUCAGAGUUUGAUUUUAUAGCAUGUACUGUUUGCCCUGAAAAAAACUAAGUCUGUGAAACCAUGCUCUCUGAAAUUGACAAAAGGCACAAAAUACAACCAUGUGAAAAAAAUGCAUUGUUAUUGGAAACCCUUACUUACAAUAUAAAAUGUAAUAGCCUUUGUUUGUAUUUGCUGUUGAGAAUUGUACCCGGUAUUGUUUAGUAUUUCUAGGGCCUGUUAUAUUGUGGUUUAUUUUACAAACAUCUGCAUACUACUGUAAGACAAUUGUUAUAAAAUGCGUUAAAUAUGUUCUUAAGGUUUCAUAUUGAAAUUGCUACUUCUUUAUUUUACUAUAGCAGUGAUGGUGAACCUUUUUGAGUCUGAGUGCCCAAACUGCAAUUAAACCUGAAUACUGAGGUUUAAGUUUAGAAAAAACAACUCGUACAGUUGUCCGAACUAAUUAACAUCUUUUGUUUUAAAAGAAGAACACAUCAACAGAGAGUUCAAUGAUACAAAUGAUAGUGAUAGAAAUUAUAGAUAAAAUUAAGCUUAUAUUUAUCAGUAUCUCCAUCAAAGGCCAUACAUACAUACAAUACAUACACACAGAAUGCUGAACACAUUCACACACCGACCGCUGAAUACAUACACACAGUCCACUGAAAACACACACAAACAUGCACACAGUCCGCUGAAUACACACAGACUGCUGAAUACGUGCACACAGACUGCUGAAUAUAUAUAUACAGACUGACUGCUGAAGGGUGCAGUGUAUGUGUUUGUGUGUACGGUGGGUGGUGUGUGUGUGUGUGUGGGGGUGGUGUGUGUUGGGUUUGGUGCUGUGCAUAUGCGGGAGUGAUGUGCGUGGGAGGAGUGUUGUGUGUGUGUGUGGGGGGGGUGCUGUGUGUGGGAGACAAGUGCUUUGUGGGGGGGGAGGGGUGCUGCAGGUAGCAAAUAUGUAUCCUGACCUAUACAUAAAAUCUUUAUACCCCCCCCCUUCUCUUACCUUUGGUGAAGGAGGGGGAGGGACGACACAACCAGCCCUGGUGGUCCGGUGGUGAAAAGUACGUGUCUGGAAAGCAGCUCUCCUGUCCUCCCACGCAAUGCUGUGUGGAUUGUUGCCAUGGUAACGAGCGGAAAUGCUCCACAUAGCCUGCUCGCAGGAAGACAGGCUGCCUCCAGGUUCGCCAUCACUGUACUGUAACAAGAAAAUCUAGCCAUGGCUUUUGAGCUCAAAGCUGCAGUCUGUUUGGAUACUUUUUUUUUCUACUAAACAGAAUACAGCUAGUUGGGAUGCAGAUCGUGGUCAAUGACCAGAAAUGUAUACAUGAGUAUAAACUAAUGGCAGACACUCUGUCUGCUAUAAAAGGUUCCCGGAGCAAUGCAACUAUAUUCAGACACAUUCAAUACAUUUAAAUAUGUUCCUCUUAUGUAAACGGAAAGUAUUAACUAAGCAUUAGUGAUCUAAUUUACAAUGUAUUAUGCUUGACAUUAGUAGGAUACAGUAUCUUAUAUUAAAUUGAUUAGACAAAAUGUUAAUAUAUUCAAUGCUUUCUUAGUUACAUCAAUUAAACAUUUUUGAAAUAUUAUGGUUUUAUCUGGGGAAAAGCUUUUAUUUAUUUAAAUUUUUAUAGCCUUCGCCUAGUUUGCAUUUACUGGUAAUCCUAAUAAACAGGAGCUUUGAAAUUAAAUUCUUUAAAAUGAAAGAAAAGUAUGAAAUGAAGAAUUAAGUAAGUCAAUCCACUAAAAAAUUAAUUUGAAUUAAUUGAGUCUAUUACUUUUGCAGCAUGAUGGGAAACCAUACUGCAAUCAGCCUUGUUAUGGAGCGUUGUUUGGACCAAAAGGUAAAUAUUUUAUCAUCAAGUCAACUAAAGCUGAACAUUUGCUUUAUCCCUUCCACUUAUAAUAUAUUCACAUUGCCAUUAUAUAUAUUGUAGCUUGUUUUUUUUUUUUUAAAGAGGAACUGUAACAGCAAAGGAAUUUUAUUGAGUUUUUAUAUAUCCCUAUAUUUAACAAAUAUGUAUUUGCAAAGUGUGAAAAAUAAAAUUUAAAUGUAGAAAUCUGCACCUCUUUAUUCAGAAACUGUGGCUUUUAUCUUAGCUCACAAUGAGUGCUAUAGGUGAUUUGGCACCUACGAAUGCACUUAGAUACAGAAAAGUGGAAUAUAACAUUGCAAUUUAGCUUAAUCCCAGAAAAAGUAGUGCCCAUUCUGUUUAGAGUAAUUAAAAACCAUUGAUCUCCUUUGAGCUCACAGUACCAGAACGAAAUACAUACUAUCAUACACAACCUAAAUUAAAGUAUAAUUGCUUAAUUAAGUACUGGAUGCUAGCAGAUCUGGUUCAACUGCCAUCAGCAAACAAAAGUAACAAAAGUAACUCAAACUAGUUCUAUUGCUAGAUAUUGCAGACCGUGCAUUUCUGCCAUGUUUAGUCAUUUCCUAAAGCAAAAUCUUGGUUCACAAUGUUUGGGAUUUUAGUUUAAUAACGACUAGUACUGAUUUGUUACCAAUUAGUAAAUAUAUAAUAAGUAUGGCUUACUUUUUCCUUUGUUGUUCUCUAUAGGAUUUGGACGUGGUGGAACAGAAAGUCAUACUUUCAAAUAAUUUGGUAAGUAUUCUCUUUGUAAUUUAUUUUAAAUGAAAUCCUAACCUGACAUUUUAAAAGCUAAAUUGAUAAGAUUCACUACUUUACUUUAUGUAUUGUUUUUCUCAUAUUUCCUAAACAGUAAAGCUUGAUUUAAAAAACCAAACCAUCAUGACUGAGGUGGAAAGUUGUACCCCUUUCUUCCCUCCAACUAAAUCUUCUGGACAGGGCUAUUUUUACAGGGCAGCUGCCCUGGGCCCUGUUGCUGCUGGGGGACCCAAGGCAGCUGCCCCAUUUGCCCUCUCCCUGCAAUAAUUUAUUUUAGGAUCGCUGAUCCCAAAAUAAUUUGUUGCAGGCAGCGGGCCCGCACACUUAGGGUGUGCCAUCCAGUGGGCACUGCCCACCCAGUGGGUCUGUGUCCGCAGGGGCCCAGUCGGGCACUGUGGCCCUUUAACAGCGCGACCGGGCCCCUUGCUUUUUGGCAGCCGGCUGGGAAACAGAAACAUGAGCCGCGUGGGAGGGAGGACGACGCAGUGAGAAAGGGGGCCAGGCCAGAGCAAGAGCUUAACUCCCAGCCACCUCAUCCAGCCCAAUGGACCUCAGAUAAGCCACCCUCCAGCAAAAGGUAAGGAACUGGAGGGUGGCUAUCAAAUUGUAAAUUUUCCGUGUGUGUGUGCCUGUCAGUGUGUGUGUGUAUGUGUGUCAACAUGUCUGUGUGUCUGUGAGUAUGUCUCUGUCAGUGUCUGUAUGUGUGUUUCAGUAUGUCGGUCUGUGUGUCUGUGUGUCAGUAUGCUUGUCUAUGUUAGUAUGUCUGUCAGUAUGUCUGUCUGUGUGUGUAUCUGUCUGUCAGUGUCUGUGUCAGUAUGUGUCUGUGUACCUGUAUGUGGUCACUUUGUGUAUCUGUCAGCGUGUGUGCAUAUCGGUUUAUAUUUGUGUGUGUAACUGUAUAUAGUCAGUGUGUGUAUCUGCCUGUGUGUAUCUGUGUAUCUUCAUGUGUCAGUGUUUGUAUCUGUGUAUCUGCAUGUAUUUCUGUAUGUAUGUCAAUGUGUGUUUCUGUAUGUUCUCAUUGUUUGUAUCUAUAUGUAGUCAGUGUGUGUAUCUUUGUAUCUGCUUGUGUGUCAGUGUGUGCAUCUGUAUGCUCUCAUUGUUUGUAUGUGUGUAUCUAUAUGCGGUCAGUGUGUAUCCGUGUAUCUAUCUGCAUGUGUCAGUGUCAGGUUGUGUUAGUAUUUCUGUUAGUAUGUCAAUGUGUGUGUCUGUAUGUUCUCCUUGUUUGUAUAUAUAUGUAGUCAGUGUGUGUCUGUUUGUAUCUGUCUGUGUAUUUGCAUGUGUCAAUGUGUGUAUCUUUAUGUUCUUAUUGUGCGUUUCUGUGUAUCCAUAUGUAGUCAGUGUAUGUAUCUGCAUGUGUCAGUGCGUAUCUGUGUGUCUGUGUAUCUGCAUGUAUGUCACUGUUUGUGGCUGUAUGCCUGUGUAUCUGCAUGUGUGUCAGUUUAUGUAUCUGUGUCUGUAUGUGUGUCAAUAUGUAUCUGUGUAUCCAUAUGUAGUCAGUGUGUGUGUGUAUCUGCGUGUGUGUUUGUAUGCAUACGUGUCAUUGUUUGUGUCUGUGUAUCUGCAUGUGUGUCAGGUUGUGUAUCUGUGUGUCAGUGUGUACCUGUGGGUCUGUGUAUCUGCAUGUGUAUCAGUGUGUGUGUGUGGCAGUGUAUGUGUAAAUGUGCAUACAUCUCAGCAUUAAAAUACCAACACUACAUACAAACACGCUCCUGAAUUGAAAUGUUAACACUACAUACAAACACAUAUCUGUGUUAAACACACCAAAAUUAUAUAUAAACACACCCCUGCAUACACAUAAAUGCAUGUUUGCAUUCAAACACCAACACCACAUAUGAAAACACCCCUACAUUCACAAAAAAAAUACUACAUACAAAAACAUGCUUACAUUCAAACAUGCAAACACUGCUCAUUCCAAAAUACAACCCUGCAAGCAUGGGAUAUUAGUAGAGCCCCAGCUGUCAAAGCAUUGUUGGAGUUGUAUGACAGAUGGGAAACUAACAUUUGGCCACCCUUGCAAAAGUGGGGCCCAAAAGAAGCCUUGCACCCCAGGGCCCUUUCUAGUUUAGUUCCACCACUAAAUUGUGGUUGAGGGCAAGAUUGCAUGCCAGGGUGUGUGUGUGUGUGGGGUGUAAUCAAUAUUAAAGACAACUCUGCUUCAGGAGAUUAUUCUCUUACACCCCUCCUCCAGCUCCCCUUGCUUUAGGGACAUAUUUACCAUUGCAGGGUGUGACUGUUAAGAUGAAUGUUGUGUUGUGUCUUUGGGCUUCAUUGUACUGUCUCAGCAGCCAGUAAACAAAGUCUUUAAGUGUUUGCCACCUCAGUGCCUUCUCCCCAGAUAGAAUACUUGUAUCUUGAUUAACACAAAUAUAGUAUUCCUGUAAGUUAUAUUUAAUUUAUAAACAGAAUGAGCAUCAACUAUAUGUCAUUUAGCACAAAUAUAAUCAUACAGAAGGGAAACAAUGGAGAGAUUGAAUGUUUAAGUAGAUCGAAAAUGAAAAGAUGAUUAACAGUGAAUAGCUGGAAUGCUGGUUAUCAGGGGUGGCAGGAAACAGACCAGUAACAGGAUAGCAAAUGCAGCAAUACAGUCUAUGUGACUAAAUUCUGCCACCCAUUGCUAGUAUGAAUUGGUAUGGCUAAGGAAGAAUGCAAUCUUUUCCUUGGUUAUAUCUGCAGUUUACUUUGAGCUGUAAUUGACAAAGGACCCCAUUUCCGUGUUAAAUGACUUGAAAGACCAGGGCCUAAGUCAAAGGGGAAAUUUUAUUGCCCCUCAAUACUUAAGCUGGUCCAAAAUCUAUACCAUUCCCUAAAGCCAACUUCAAACUCAAAUAUGUUCUAUAAAUCACAUUGUGGCAUAGCACUUUUAUUGACUUCAGAGUAUGACAAUUCAAUAAAACCUAUAGUAUUAUCCUCACACCAGGCUGCAUUAAUCCUUCACUUCACUGGAUUAAAAUCCUGCACCCAAAGCAAUACGCAUUGUGCUAUAUAAUUAACUCCAAAUAUUGUAUUUUAAAAUGGCUUUGAUACAAUGUAUACACUUGGAAGUGGUAUCUCUCUUUCUAAGUAUUACAAGAGGCUUGGGUCCAACAAAGAAAAAAACAAAAUUAGACUUGUGGCUUCUCAGGACCCUACUAAGGGUGUUGUGCUAGAAACCCCCCAUGAAUGAAUGGUGCACAUCAGAGGACUUCAGGCUCCAUAACUAAUUAAAUGAGCUAAAAUGGUUAUAGUACCCAAAGUAUCCAUUUCACAUACUAAUGUUACUUUAAACAACUUAAAAAUAAGCAAGUUGUUACAAAAUGUGAAUCCAUGUUUUAGACUAGACAACCAGAAAAGUAGUAAAUUGUUACAAAUGGCAAAUCAGUGUUUUAGACUAGAGAACCAGAGAAAGUUAUCUUUACAGUUUUAGAGGUAAUUGUAUAUUCAUAGAUGCACAAGUUCAUAGAUGUAGGAUAUGUUAAGCACAUUUUAUUUUAAACUAAACCUCAGAGCAGUGAGUAUAGGAAAGAAAUUUAAGGUUCAUGAAUAAUUAGGUUCAGAUAUAGCAAAAGUGGAUUAACUUUAUCUGUGGCAUCUUUAAAAGACUCCCAAAGAUAUGGAGUACUUAAACUCAUCACAAAUUAAUGUAAGCGUGCAUUAAGGGAACAUGCUGUAGUUCACUUGCAAAGGCUAUUUUUGCACAUCAGUGCUGUUAGUAAGUAUGUUAUAUAAGAAAAAAUUCAGGUCAUAACUGUUGAAUUUCUUAAGUAGUUCUGUUUUCAUGUUAAACCAUAGAUAUUUCAGGUCAUAGGUAUUUUUAACUAAUUUCAGGAAGUGGUUUUAGUUUGUGUGUUUAUCAGAAUCUAAAACUUUGGAUCCACAGAUGUUAACUGCCUCCAACUCCCAGCAUUCUUGGAAUGCAACAGAAGGCCAGAGACUAAUGAGAGUUGUAGUCUAGCAACAUCUGGGGGGGACAGAGUAUGAGGUGCUUGACCUUGAAUACAUCUUACAUUUAGAUACAAUAUCAUUUGGUUGACACAUGUACCAGAUCAAAUAAACACACAAAAAAAAAAUCUGAUAUAAUGAGGACAUUUAUCAAGGUAAAACAGAUGCUAUUGUGGGAGUAAAGCUCUAAUUGUUAAGACAUUGAUUUCCAUUGAGAUGGUUCUUUAUUUAACACUUUGCCACCUGUUUUUGACCUGAUAACCCUCACCACAUCAGUCUUCCAAAAAUGACUGGUAAUUUAUUUGGUUACACAAAGUGAGAAAUGACAUGUAUUUAUUUUAACAGAACAGUUGUAAAGGUUGUUGUCUGAAAAUAUGUAAUUAAAGGGUUAAACUUUACCAAAUAUACUUUGUUAACCAAAUGUACUUUAACCUUUUUUUCCCUUCCUAGAUUUGAAAACACUGAAAUCUAGAAAUAUCUACAAGCAAGUCAUAAGUGUUUAACCUUCCUUUUAAUUAAUGUAGUUUCAAUAGUCACUUGUAAAUUGGACAAAUCGUGACCUUAUCAUGAUUUAAUGCUUUGCAUGCAAUGAGAAACAACAUAGAAAAUCAUCUCUGUCUAUUUAGCAAGAUAAUUGCAAACUUGAUAUGUUUGUUCUAAGCUACAUCAUACAAACACUGAAUUGUGUAUCCAAAAGGCUAUGUAAUAAUUUUUACUGAAUAAACAAAAAUAUUGUUGAGAAAAGAUG